UAAUUAUUAUUUUUUAAAUCGUAAAAUCUUAGGAAGAAAACCCUCAAUCUCACUCGAACUCUCAAAGGCAAGCUCUGUUCCGCCGUGGAGCGGAGGAGUUCUCAGGUGAGCGACCGGCGAUGGCGGAAAACUCUUCGACUCCAGCUUUCGGAAACUUUCGGUUGUUUGGUUCAGCGGAAGAUGAGAAGCCCAAUCUAGGUUUCUCCCUUGGCUUUCUCGACUCUCAACACCCUUCUCUUCCACCUCCACCUCCUUCCCUCGAAGUUCUUUCUUCUGAGGUUUCAUCCUCUGUCAAAUACAAUGUGGAGCCAGUAAGCGUGGGUGAACUUACCUUGUUUAAGGGGCGGGUCAGCACUCAGGAAGUUUUCUCCCUGUCCAACUCUGAUUUAGUUCCUGGUAAAUAUGAAGGUGGGCUUAAGUUGUGGGAAGGUGCAUUGGAUCUUGUCAAAGCUCUUUGCGAGGAGCUUGAAAAUGGGCAUUUGUCAUUUGCUGGGAAGCGAGUUUUAGAGCUUGGAUGUGGUCAUGGUCUUCCUGGUAUUUAUGCAUGCCUUAAGGAUGCCGCUGCUGUACAUUUCCAGGAUUUCAAUGCUGAAGUACUGAGAUGUCUUACCAUUUCGAAUGUUGCUGCAAACCUUUCAAAAAAGUAUGAGAGUUUGCCAUCUAAUCCAACAGAAUCUGAUGCUGGAUCAGCAGUUCGUUACUUUGCUGGAGAUUGGAGUGAAAUGUAUAAAAUUCUCCCUUUUGCAUCCAACAACGAGGAAAACCUGAAUGGAAGUUGUGAUGGCUAUGACAUUGUUUUAAUGGCAGAGACAGUUUAUUCUCUUUCUACACUUAAAACUCUAUAUAAGCUUAUCACACAGUGCUUGAGCCGUCCUCAUGGAGUUGUAUACUUGGCUGGAAAGAAACAUUACUUUGGAGUAGGAGGAGGAACCCGGCGCUUUCUAUCUGUGUUAGAAAAAGAAGGUGAAAUGGUUUCAAAACUGAUUGUGGAAGUUGCUGAUGGUUCGUCUAAUGUUAGAGAAGUGUGGAAGCUCUCACUGAAAUAGGUUAGAAAUCUUAGUCUUUCACGGAUAAGUUUUCUUUUAGUUGAUGUUCAUUUUCUUGUACAAGGAAGUGAUAUGAGAAAUUCCAUUUAGAUAAAUGCUAAUGUAAUAACUUAUUUUCAUUUAUGGAUACUGAUAUAUACAUGAAAUUAGUUCUUAUUCA